AUGUACGGAAACAGCCAGGGUCUCACGGAAUGCAAUGCGUCACAUCAUCCCGGCUAUUCAAGAAAAACGUCCAAGGCAGCGAGCCAGAUGCCUUCCCGUUUCGCCCACCUUGUAGCAAGGUCAUCCCGAUUUGUAGACGUCGCAACAGCAACCGGGGGCGAACAGAGUGCGACUACGGGUGAGUGGCCAAAUGUGCCUGCCUGCUGUGCCUUGGCAUUUGCUUGUUACCUUGUAAGAGAAUCACCGCAAGGCGAGGUUCCCAUUGAAGCAUCUCAAGCACGCCGCACCAGAUGUAACUACCUAUAUUACAGGUGGCCCCAAACUGGCCGGUGCCGGGGCUCUGGAGUUUCUGGUGCUGUGCUAUCCCGCGGCUACCAAAGGUGCUUGUGCCGGCUGCCAGUAAAAUGUGCCUGUCGCUGA